GCGGGCCGCGCCCAGUCGCCGCCACCGGGCCGCGGCCAGUUUUCGCCCCUGGCCCGCGCCCAAUCGUCGCCGCUGUCCGGGGUUCGCCAGGCAGCGGCGGGGUGGCGGCCGGCGCUGCCCGGCGUGCUGCCGCAGGGCGUUGCCCCCCGCGCCGGCGCGGCGGAUCCCCAGGAUGACGCUUUUCUGGCGAGGGAGGAACUCGCAGUGUAUAGCGACAUGUUUGAGGAGGUGAUCAAGAGCGACUUGCAGUUUGGGCAAUUGCUGCGCAAGGUGAAGGACGUGUAUGACAGGUCCUUGCAGCGGGCGCCGCUGGCCGACCGCUCCCGCACUGGGGACGCCGCGGGCGUCCCUGCCCCGCCGUGCGGGCGCUGCCCUGGGCUGCUGGAGGAGAACAGCCGCCUGCAGGCAGAGGUGGAUCGGCUGGCAGCCCUGCUGGCUGCCCCGGGCUUCGGCGCGGCCCCGCCCGCGCCCACGCUCGCCGCGGCUCCGCCGCGCUCCGCCCCGGGGCCCUCCGGGUUCCACCGCGAGCGGCUCGGCGGCUGGGCGGCGCCGCCGAGCUGGGCGGGGCCUCCGCUCGGCGGAGAGGCUGAGGCUGCGCCUGCUGCGGCUGGGCUGGUGGAGCCGUCGGGCAGUUUGCGCUCGUCUGGGCCAGCAGUUGCUUGCGCCAUCGCACUGGACUCCGUGGGCUCCCCAGAGGCGACGCCCACGCCCCUGGCGCCAGGGCGUUGCCUCGCUGGUCCUGGGUCGUCGUGGGCGCCUUCGGAGCCGCCACCUUGCCACCAGGCGGCGGCCGAGGGAUUGGUGGCUUCAGGAGGCUCCGCGGUGGCCAGCGCCUGCGCGUCUGAAAACUGGCAGAUGCACACCUUCCAGUUCGCAGGUGCACACUCGAAGUCGCUGUCAGCUCGUUCGGACGGCUCGCCAGGAUCUGCUAGCAGCGAAACUUUUCUGCCACAGAGGCAGGCCUUCGGCCGCCUUGGAAGACCAGCGUCCGUGCCCGAGCUGAACCUCACCGUCGUCGCUGAGGCGGCCUUGGAAGGCCACCAGGAUGGAGACGCUAGUCCCAAUCGCGCGGUCGACUUCGGAGUGGCAGAGCAAUACCAUGGCAGCUUGUCCACGCCGUCGCCUGCACAGGUCCUCUCCGACGCCCUCGCCGGCCUUGUGUCGGCACCCACGGCUGUCGCUGAAGAAGCCCUCGAAGCCGCUGGGCCCCCACUCCGCUGCCCUGGCGCCGCGGCGGCCCAGGCAGACGGCGUCCCGCCGUGCGGCCUAGACGAGCCCAUCGCACUGGCGGCCCCUGGCUGCACUGCCGAGGACCGCGGCGGGUCGCGCGACGACGAGCUGGCCUGCAGCAGGCCCAGCUGGGACCAGUGGCGCAGCUCGCCUGGCCCGCUGCUGCAGGCGUGGUCGCCAGACGCCUGCGGCGGCUUGGGCGCGAUGGUGGGCCGCGUCCCCGCGGCGCUGCCGCUUGGACCAGCGGAGGAGGAGCACUGCCUGGCCAGCUUUGGGGCCGAGGCAGCGAGCCGAGAGGCGCCCCCCGAGCCGCGGCACCCGACGCCGCCCGCGGCAGAGGACCUCGCGGAGGUCCUCCGCCCGCACCUGGCGACGCCCCCGCCCGGCGAUGCUCCGAGUGGGCUCUUCGGCAGGCUCGGCUUCAUGGAGGCGCCGCAGCAGCAGUCGGUGACACCACCGCUGGGGGCCACGGAGGGGGCCCCGAGCCCGCCCACGGCGCCUUUCCUAGGCGGAGGGCUCGACGUGGGCGGCCACGGGGGGCAGCUGGGUAGGCGACCUGCGCCUCGGUGGCCCGAGGGGCAGGAGGGCGCUGCCGCGGGCCAUGGAGUCUGGGCAGGGCUGCCGCGGCACGCGGGGAUGUCGCUGCCCAUGGCGGAGAACCCUCUCGAGUGGAUGGCCGAUGGCGGUGCUUCAGGCCGGGACCCAACGCCCGACGCUCGCUGGCGCGGGCGCUCGCCGGCGUCCCCCUGUGGCACGCCAGAGGCACGCCGCUCCGCGGGCGGCGGGGGCUGGUCCGCGGGCCGGCUCGGCUGCGCGGAGGUCGUGUCGACGCUGGCGCAGACCGACGGCACUGUUGGGACAGGCGCCCAGGGAGCCAGCGAUCAAGGAUUGCCGUCAGCGGCUGCUGGGACUUUCGAGGCCGUGGCCGUGCCGAGCCUGAACUUGUCCUGGCUCGGCGCGGAGCCGCACGCAGGCAUGAGUCCGCAGUUCCUGGGGACGGCGAAGAUUUCGACGCCCUUGCGCGACGGCUCAACGCCUUCGACUGGUGCGUCAUCCACCCCUCCACGGCCCCACGGCUGUCAGCCGCUGUCGUUGUCGCCCGGCCUCGACGGGCCUCUGCAGCACUUCGCCGGGCUCUCGCGCGGCGUCCUGGCCGACCCCUGA